AUGGGAGGAUCUUGCUGUAAAGAUGAAAAUUAGGAAACUAAUAAAGAAAUUAGAAAUGCCCCCUAUAAACCAAUAUACUCACAUGCUGAAAACAUGCCGCCAAGAAGCCCAUAAACUAAAUCUAAUCAAGAAAUCAGAACCCACCUUUUGCAACCAACAAUGUCAAUUCAAAAUCAAUAAGUUCAGAUUCCUGUUAUUCACAAUGGAUUAGUCAAAGAGAUGCUUGGUAAAUUAGGAGAAUACCAAAUUCCUUAAUCCAUUACAAAUGAAGGUUUAGAGGUUACACCUCCCAUUUAAUUUGAUGAUGGAUCUGUCUAUGUUGGAGGCUUAAAAAAUGACUUCUUUCAAGGAUAUGGAGAAAUCUAUUGGGACGAUGGAACUCAUUACUGUGGCCUAUUUAAUAAAGGAUCCAAAUCCGGACAUGGUAGAUUGAUAUAUACAGAUGGAGAUGCAUAUGAAGGUGAGUGGUUGGAUGACAGACAACACGGAAGAGGAAAGUAUUGGUACUCAGAUGGAGGCAUCUAUGAUGGAAGGUUCCUUAAUGAUUUAAAACAUGGUUUUGGCAAAGAAAUUUUGGCUAAUGGAGAAACAUACGAAGGAGAUUUCUACAAUGGAACAAGACAUGGAAAAGGAAAAUUGAUUAUGGCUGAUGUUGUCUUUGAGGGGUAAUUUGAAAAUGGAUUAAUGGUUGAUGGAGAAUAUAGAUGGAAUGAUGGAAGAAGAUAUAAGGGUUAGAUCAAAGGCACUAAAAUACAUGGCCAUGGAGAAUUUUGGUUUCCAGAUGGAAGAUACUACAUAGGAAAUUGGGUUGAAGAUUAAAAGGAAGGAUAAGGAGAAUUUCAUUAUUCUGAUGGUUCUAUUUAUGUUGGAACAUGGAAGGAAAAUAAACAAAAUGGAUAUGGGAAAUUCACUAAUAAAAAUGGAGACGUCAUAAACGGAAUUUGGGUUGAUGGCACUAUCGCUAAGUGA